CGUGUAUCAUAAACCCUUUCUAAUUCCAUUUUCGAAAUUGUUUCCACUCGUUCACGCAGGUCGACGUAUUCCGAUCGCAUUGCCAAACACAGGUGCCCUGUCACGUAGACGCCAUACGCUUUACAUCCGAUCGGCCAUCAUCGUCUUCAUUUUGUUUGCAUUUCUGCAGUUCCACGUGAUAAACUAUGACUCCAACGAGUCCGGACCGGCGGAUACGGCCAACUACUCGACGGCAGCGAUCCUGCAGAUGGUGCCACCGGUUUUUCAUAAAUACCUGACAUCGAAGACCCGCAACGGAACGCAAGUUCAAAAUGGCACCCACACCGGACCGGGUGACAGCGCACAGCGGGCGGCCAACAUCAGCGAAAUCCUUCGCAUGAUAAAUCGCUACAACGAACUGCAGACGAUCCUGAACGAGGACAUCUUCGGUCCGCUACAAAAUGAUUCUGUGAUAAUAGUAGUGCAGGUGAGUACUUCAUCCGUCCGUGUAACAACACGUUUACGAUUACGAGGCAUAUCUGUGGCGGGGUUGGCUAUAUCCCGUUGACUCAGCAGGAUCUCUCAUUGGCGUAGCCAGAAGGAAGGGGUUAACUACCUCAAAGGCAUUAUAAAACAAUUUUCCACGAAAUAAUAAUUCUAGA